AUGCUUGAACAAGAUUAUAUUAUAGCAAAAGACAUUCUUAAUACUGCACAGGAAAUUGCUAAGUGUCUUGGAUUUGCAGUAAUAAUCAAAAACAGUAGUUGUUGUCAUUUACAUUUUCAAUGCAAACAUGGCAGUCAACCUUUAACAAGUGCCAGAUGCUUUCUAGAAGUAGUUUUAAUCGAUGUCACUUAUAAAACAAAUGUUUACAAAUUACCAUUUGUAAAUUUUAUUGGUAUUGGUAAUCUUGAUAUAAAUAAAUUGCAAACAUUUAGUAUUGCUAGUAUCUGGAUCUCUGAUAAAUUGGAGAAUUCAUAUAUUUGGGUUAUUCAACAGCUUAUUUCUCUUAUAUUUUUUGAACUUUUUCCUUUGGUGUUUGUUACAGAUAAUAAUGCCACACUUACUAGUGCUGUUAAAAAAAUUAUUUUAAAAACUAAUUGUCUUUUAUGUACUUGGUACAUUUUAAAUAAUUUUAAAAAAAAUUUAAGAAAACAUUUCAAUAAUGAUUCGUUCAAUGAAAUUAUUAAAACUGUGGAUCAUCUUAUUAAU